AAAAGUAUAAAAUCUUGUUAAUAGUUGAAGUAUUUUUUUCUCGACAUAAAAAUAGACUCCUCCCACUGAUUAGAUUUCCGCUCAAAAACGUUAUAAUUUCACAUUUGUAUUUGUAAUUAAUUUCUAAAGAAUCGUUGUGGGACUAUAAAAAACAUCGAAAACAUCGAGGUGGAGAAACAUACCGCUCAGCAAACAUUGUGACGCAAGUUGGCAGCCUGUUGACAAUCAGCUGUUUUAAAACAACAUUUUGAGCAACGAUUGUUUAUUUUUGGUUUUAUUAAAUGCUAUUGCAAUUAUGGAGACUUGUGGCUUUAUUAUAACCAAAGGCAGCGACCUUGAAAGUUUCCUAAUGCGAUGUUCGUACUGCACCAUAGAUGUGGCGAUCGAUCAAUGGCACGAGUUUGUGCUGCACUUUCGUACAACGCAUGGAGCUACUUUUAAGGACACCACAAAUCAAUUAAAGAAAGAGGAAAUUAUGGAUGAAGACCACUGCAUUCAGGAUAAAUCACUUGACGUCGCUAUAAGUGAGAAAGAGAUUGAAACUGAACUUAAAGCACUGAUAGAUGCCGAUGUUACAGAACCAGCCUCGCCUAUAUCGAAUGGAAAUGAAUAUGAAUCAGGGGAAAAUGCGCCCAAAGCUGAAUCAGAGCAGGACGAAGAGGUCCUGGAAGGGGCUUCUUCAUAUUUGCCUACAAAUCAGUUUGAUCCUUCGUUCUAUCGACGGGAUGUGCGCACUUUGACAUUUAUAGAGUCUUAUAAGAAUCAACCAUGUCUUUGGAAUAGGAAUGACAGCAAGUAUAUGGAUCCAGCUGCCUGUAAAACAGCCUACGGUCAACUUAGAUCGGAACUGAAAACCAAUAUUGGCGUGAUAUUCACAGACCACUCCCUUAGGGCGGCAAUCAAAAAGUUGCAAAUGCAGUAUAAUGCAAUACACAAUAUCGUCUUAAAUGGAAGUCAAAAAGAGGAGUCAAUUCCCUUUAGCCACUACACAAGAUGUGCGUUUCUAAAAGCCAGCACAGAGUCCUCAAGACCUCCCUCCUCCUUAUCUGAAUCUAGUUCGAGCGAAAAUGAAUCAAUGGAAACUGGAUCCAAUGCUGAAUCAGAAAAGAAUGAGGACAAGGACGAGGGUUCUUCGUAUUUGCCCACAAAUAAGUUUAAUCCGUCAUUCUUUCGACGGGAUGUGCGCACUUUGACAUUUAUAGAAGCAUAUAAGAGCCAGCCAUGUCUUUGGGAUAUUGGCGACAGCAAGUAUAAGGACUUGAUUGCACGUAGAGCAGCUUAUCGUCAACUUAUUACUGAACUGGAAACCAGUAUAGCCGUUGUAUUUACUGAACAUUCUCUGAAGGUAGCAAUCAAAAAGUUGCACACGCAAUAUAAUACAGUAGGGAAGCGCGUUUCAAACGGAAUUCAAAAGCCGAACUCAGUUCCCUUUAAUCACUACACAAGAUGUGCCUUUCUAAAAGCAAGUGGCGCAAACUCUAAAAAUUCCUUUGAAAUUGGACUGAUACAGUUGAAUUUUUCUAAAAAAAAUACGCUUACAACGAACUUCAUUCGCCUAUAUAGCAAUUAUCCACAGCUAUAUGAUGACAAACAUAAAGACUUCUCAAAGAUCGAUGUCCGCAAAAAAGCAUAUGAUGAAAUAAAAGCAGCCACUGUUGCGAGUAUCGGGGACGUUAGCAGCAAUGAUAUCUAUCUUGCCAUUCAGGGAAUUCGUCAAUGGAAUUUCAAGAGUACAAAGCAUGUUAAGGAAGCCAAUGAGGCGGAAUUGUUUUAUUUGAAGGCUUGCGACUUCUUGCCGAACAAAACAUUAAAACAAAAGCUUAUUUGCGAGAUCUGUCAGCAGGAGACUUCAUCCGAUCAUGUGCUCCAAGUACAUAUGCACAAAGUGCACAACAUUGGCGACUUGCCCUUUAAGUGCCCUUCGUGUGAGCGGAGAUUUGUUGCACGCAGCGAAAUGGCAACACAUAUGCAACGUGUGCAUAUUGGUAAGACACACAAGUGCAAUUACUGCGAGAGAUCAUUCGCUGUUAACUCAGAUCUUCGCGUGCAUAUGCGCACACACACGGGCAAUAGCAUACUGUGUGAGCUAUGCGGCAAGGCCUUCAGAUUAAAAUACCAGCUGAAGGCACAUAUCACAGCCAUACACACUAAAAUAAGGGCCUUUAAGUGUACCAUGUGUCCAAAGGACUUCAUAAAAAAGGUCGAUCUUAAGGACCACAUCAAAAGUCAUUUAAAUAUACGUGAUAAAAUCUGUUCAACAUGUGGCAAAGGCUUUACUAGCUGCCACUCGCUUAUUAGGCAUCGACAAAUACACUCGGAUAUCAAGAAAUUCGUUUGCAAACUUUGUGAUGCGCGAUUCUCUCAAUUUGUUGGCCUAAAUUCUCAUAUGAAACGUACACACAACAUUGUACGCAAUAGUGCUCAGAAAUCAGCUGAAACUAUAGUAGCAGACGAAACAGCUACUUAAAAAUAUACAAAUUGAACAAAUAAACUAAAUAGU